UUAGCUGAUUGUAUUAUCGGAUCAGAUUUAACCUGCAGUCCAACAAUACAGAGUUAAGCACACAUAGUUUAUGCUGUUUUCAGGCGAACAUUAGCCGGCACAGUGGUUAGCUAACUGAAGCUAACACCAGCAGCAGCUCUGUGGUUUCAGGGGAUCCUGGAUUUUCAGUAAGGAACGAAAACAGACGAUUUCAGAAAUGUCUUCAGACGAAGACAGGGCCAAGGAAAUUUUGAAGGGCUUCAAACUAAACUGGAUGAAUCUUCGAGAUGCAGAGACGGGCAAAGUGCUGUGGCAGGGAACUGAGGACCUCUCCGUACCAGGAGUAGAACAUGAAGCUCGCGUCCCGAAGAAGAUCUUGAAGUGUAAAGCAGUGUCCAGAGAACUGAACUUUUCCUCCUCAGAGAAACUGGAGAAGUUCAGGCUGGAGCAGAAAGUUUUCUUCAAAGGACAGUGUCUAGAAGAAUGGUUCUUUGAGUUUGGUUUUGUUAUCCCCAACUCCACCAACACAUGGCAGUCUCUGAUAGAAGCAGCUCCAGAGUCCCAGAUGAUGCCAGCUAAUGUUUUAACUGGUAAUGUGAUCAUAGAGACCAAGUUCUACGACGAUGACCUCCAUGUCAGUACCUCCAGGGUACGACUUUUCUACGUCUGACCUCUGACCCCUGACUCUACCUUCCAAAAUGCUGAUGUCCUGCCAAGGUCUAAAAUUUACCAAGGUUAGCUACAAUUCGCAGCAUAAACAGCUCAUUGCUGACUUGGGAUCAGCACAUUUGGAUGAAACCCAGCUGUGGUCCCACAGUCAGUGAAGUGAGCUUUGUGUUUGGUUGUUCUCUUGUUUUAUGUCAACCCGAAAACUUCUUCUAGACCUUGGGAGGAGAGGGGAGAGGAGGAGAGAGCACUCUGCUGUUUCCUCCGUUCCAAGAUCAUCUCUCUCUGCAUUUCCCCCCUCCAGACUGUUCCACUGUAAAUACAUUAUCACUGAUCUCCAGUCAGCCAUGGAGCCACAAUGAAAUGACACAGUUUGUGCUUUUUUAAAAUUCUGCCCUCUCUCACUCCAAGGUUACAUUUACUCAGGAACAGAACAUCAGACGUGUAACCUGUCUGAUGUGAUCUUCUCCUUUCUGUUUGGAAACACUGCUGUCCAUGUGUCGUCAGUGUCGAGGGAAGAAGCUCAGCGUCUCUCCGGAGCUACGCUCAAGAGAUCCUCAUCAUAAAACACUAGAUAAUAUUUCCUCUAGCUGUGUCCCACUCCAGAGGCUGCCUCAUGUGAAGUCCACAUUUCCUGACAGAGAAUGUUAUCAUGUGUAAAGGAGGGUGUCCCAUUUUAAAUUCUGAAUUAAAUACAGCCUAUUUUAAAUAUCUGAUGCAUUGUUUGUUGACCUCAGUAUCCCAAAAUCCUUUGCACUGGUCAAUUUUUGUCUUGUAAAGUCAGAAACUUGUUCAAUUAUCAGAGAAAUGGAAGUAAUACAGAUAUAUUGGGACUAACAACAACUCUGAAAUGUCUACUUUUAUGAGCUGACAAGGACUGCCUGAAUGCAUUGUUAACAGUGGUCUCUGUGAGGCCAAGUAUUGGAACUUGUGAUGUAGCUCUGGUCCUCUGCAGGCAGCCUCUGAAGUGGGACACAGCUUCUACCAACCAAACCUUUCCUGUUUCCUGACUGCAGGACCAAGUGUAGAAGAGUUGUUUUUAGUGGGGUGUGAUGGAGCAGUGGUUCUCAACUUUUCUAGUGUCAAGGACUUCUAGAUUGGUACACAUAUUCACUGACGCAUAUUUGAUAUUUAAUAUUGUGCUUCAGGGACCUCUGUCUGAAAAGAUUUUAGUAGUUUAGAUAGAAAAUAAACUAUUCUUCACUUUUAUGGGGACCCACUGGAACUCCCUUAAGGACCCCUGGGGGUCCCUACACCACUGGUUGAGAACCUCGGUGAUGAAGGACCAAGCGCCUGUUUUUUUUCCAGUCCACCACGAGAGCCGCUGGUUAAUCUGGAUUGCUUCUUGGGAUGAAAAGCUGCACCCUGUUGUCAGGAUGACACAUUUGAAAAGCACUGUUUGAGGGACAAUUAUCAGCAGACAGGAGGGGUUUUAUUACAUCCAACCUACAUGCUUGUACUUAAAAUCAACUUUGAACUAAAACAUCGUCAGGUGUAGACCAAGACCUGCAUCAUUUACUCUCAGUAGUUCACUUGUUUACAGUUUGAUCCCAGUUAGACCCAGAUGUUAACAGCUGUUUAAUGCAGCUCUGCUUUGUACAUUCUGGCUUCCCACCUAAUUCACUGCGUGAAUGUCAUUGUUUGUUUUGGGGUUUGUUUUUUUUUCUUAGCUGCUAACUGAGCUGUGUAAAAUAGACUUGUGUUUUAAUAUGACGAGUUGUGGAUUAAAGUCAUCCAAUGUUGUAAUAACA